AUGGUUGAUGAUAAAAAGAGGAAGACAACUCCUCCUCCUUUUACACAGAUGCCGCCACUUCCCUUUCCUCAAAGGUUUAGGAAGAAAGAUAAAGAUGUCCAGCUCAAGAAAUUUAUGGACAUGUUUAAGCAAUUACACAUCAACAUCCCAUUUACUGAAGUAUUAGAGCAAAUGCCUAAGUAUUCUAAGUUUCUCAAGGACAUUCUCUCCAAGAAGAAGAGAUUUGGUGAAUUUGAAACAGUAGCCCUUACUGAAGAUUAUAGUGCCAUCUUGCAGAGAAAACUUCUACUCAAAUUGAGAGAUCUAAGUAGUUUUUAUAUUCUACACAACAUAGGCAAACACUUCAAUAGAAAAGCUCUAUGCAAUUUGGGAGCAAGUGUUAACCUAAUGCCUCUAGCUAUUUUCAAUUGGUUAAAUUUGAGUGAAGUAAGGCCAACAACUGUUACAUUGCUCUUUGCUGACAGAAGUAUCUCACAUCUAAAAGGGAUUAUAGAAGAUGUCUUGGUGAAGGUAGAUAAAUUCAUAUUCCCAGCUGAUUUUAUUGUGUUAAACUGUGAGGUAGAUUGGAACAUCCCUAUUAUUUUAGGACGGCUAUUCUUAGCUACUAUAAGAACUCUUAUUGACGUGGAAAAGGGUGAGAUCACCAUGCAAGUAAAUGAUGAGAAGGAGUUGAGUAACUCUUUGAUCGAAGAUCCCUUGGAAGCAUUGCUGAUUGGAGAAACGAGUAGUAUUGAUGGAAAGGUUGAAGUGAAUGUAGAAAUGAUGAGUAUUGAAGCAUUUCCUUAUAAAAAAGGUAAGACUUUUGAGCCUCUUGAUAUAACUAGUGCUUUAAUCUCUCCACUAAAGCCUUCUGUUGAUGAAUCGCUGGUAUUGGAGUUGAAGACUUUACCUUCGCAUCUCGAGUAUGCCUACUUGGUUAGUUCUACUACAUUACCUGUGAUUGUUUCUUCUCAGUUAUCCACAUUGCAAGAGGAGAAACUAUUAAGGGUCUUGAGAAACCACAAGAAAGCUAUUGGGUAG